GUUCAGCUACACAAAAGAGUUUGGCCUGCUGCUCAACGUGAAUCGCUGUUCUGGUCGAAUGUCCGGUACCUUCCGGACCAGAAACGUGCGGAUGCGCUGGAUUUGUACAUGGUUUGUAAUCACAAUUGCAGUCGGCCAGAUGUUCCGGUUGGUUUCUCUGAACUGCUGAACUGUUCCAAUGUUCGAGUAGGUAUUACAGUGGCAAUGUUGUGCGAAACAGUGGUAAAGAAAGGACGAGGCUCAAAAACAAUGAAAGAGCUAACACGUAGCGAUGUACAGUGUAGAAUAUGCUAUUGCGCUCAAGUGGAUCCAGGUGGCUGGGUGCCGGCAUCUGCGUUGCGAAUUAUUUACAAGAGGGAAUAUCCGAAAUUUCUACGCGGUUUUACGAAAUAUGUAUUGGCUCAUGUUAAUUCUCAUCCAUUAAUCAUCUAA